GUGCUUUUUAUAUGCAGACCUAACCUCGAGCACAAAGAUAUGUUCCGUUUUGUUGCAUCUGUAAUCUGUAGUAACUGCGUGUAGUAUUUAGUCGUGAUUAUUGCAUUUAAUAUUCUAUACUGUGAUCUUCCGUAUAUUAUAAUUAAGCAAACAUGUUUCGAAAAGUUAUACCUAAAAUUAUGCAAAGUAUUUCGACCCCCAAAAGCGUUCAGAUGUGUACCAUUGCCGAAAAUGUACGAUUAGAAAAAACUAUAAACCAAGUCACAUUACUGGGAAGAGUAGGAGCUGAACCACAGAAAAGGGGUAACCAAGAGCAUCCCGUAAUUAUAUUUUCACUUGCCACCCAUAGUAAUUACAAAUACACAAAUGGGGAUUUUAUGCAAAAGACAGAAUGGCAUAAGAUAUGUGUGUUUAAACCGAAUUUGCGCGAGACUGUUAUGAACUAUUUAAAAAAGGGUCAGAGAGUAUUAGUUGCUGGAAAGAUUAGCUAUGGAGAAUUUAAAGAUGAAGAAGGCAAUCCAAAACCCAGUACUGCUGUAAUAGCAGAUGAUGUAAUAUUUUUCCAGACACAAUGAAGUACAAAAAUCGCGGUAGGUUAUUAUAACUAAUUUUACUUUUUUGAUAAAUAAAAUAUUAAGAAAUUAUGUACAAAUAAAAUUGAUCAGCAAAAA